CUCCUCUUUCUCCGAAAAGGCUGACUCAAAAUGCACUUCACACAACUAUUUGUCGUUUUUUGUAAUUUUCUCGCUGUUGCGGCUUUAUACGGCAAGCAACCUCCAGGGAUUAUCAAGCACGAUGGAAAGCCAAUUGGCAAGGAAGUGGUUUACGAUGGGCUUACCUUAUAUAUCAGUCAACCCAAAUGGCCUCAACAAAGUGACACAGCUGUCUUGUACCUGACGGAUGUAUUCGGGAUUCCGCUACUGCAAAACCGACUUCUUGCCGACAGUUUCGCUCGUGCCGGAUUUCUUACCAUCACGCCUGACCUCUUUGAUGGUGUUCCCGCCCCGCACGACAUCACCUUUGACGCCGCAGAUUUCUUGAGCAAGCACAAUGUGAACGUGACUGACCCCAUUAUUGAGAAAACUAUCGAGUACAUCCGUACCAAGCUGGGCGUGAAGCGAGUUGCUGUGACUGGGUACUGUUUUGGCGGUAGAUACGCCUUCCGUUUCCUGGCGGAGGGGAGGGGAGUGGAUGUCGGAUUCGCAGCUCACCCCAGCUUACUCCAAGAUGACGAGGUUCUCGCCAUUAAAGGGCCAGCCAGUGUUGCUGCUGCCGAGGUUGAUUCUCUACUUGAGCCAGCGCGACGUUUAGAGAUUGAGGGCCUGCUUAGCCAGGCUGCACAGCCAUUCCAAGUCAAUCUGUACUCUGGAACAACUCAUGGCUUUGGCGUCCGCGCAAACGUAUCUGACCCGGAACAGAAAUUUGGCAAGGAAGAAGCUUUCUGGCAGGCCGUCCGUUGGUUCAAUGCCUGGUGAGAGGCUGAGAGCCCACGGUUGGAGUUUCACCCCGUUUGGCAGAGAAUCACCAUUUACCUCUGUAAUUGGAUUGGAAUAGACCUAUAAUCUUCGAUAUAGCAUUCGGGGACAAGGCUUAUCUUGAUUUGCUACUCAACGUUCAAUGUAUACACAAUGUACACGUUACUCCCGAUAUCUCGAAACGUUUCUAUCUGAUACUGGAUUCGCUCUGCCGGCUCUUU